AUGUCCAUCAUACCAAAUUAUCCUCAAACGGCUGUCAUAGAAACGUACCACGGUCUGGUUCUUACGCUAGAAGAUGCUCUUUUGAUUCUAGAAGGCACCUGCCAAAAUUUGCUUUCCAAACGCAGAAAACGUCUAAAUGAUUUUGAACGAUUAAGCAUUACGCUGGGUACUAUCUUUGUCUGGUGCCAAACAAAAGGCGGCAUGCAGAGAUGGACAGAUGGAAGAAGCUGGCUGCCAUCUAAGGUUAAGGGGCCCUUUCUCAUUUAUUAUGAGCUUGACAAAAGCAGAAACUUGCUUCCCAAUGGGCUUGUGAAACAGACACUUUCACUCACUACGACACAAAAUGAAAAGCUUCACUUAGUCUGCUACUACAAAAUAAAAGAACGUAUGGAAGGAGUUUUGCCAGGCAAAAUUCCGUCUAAGGAUCCACUUCUAAGCCAUCUCCGACUUGAUCCCAAUGCCUAUCUGAUUUUAAGACUGCGUUUUAGGAUGACCAGGUUGCCUAUGUGCGAGCCUUUCCAAGCCUAUUCAGCACAAACAUACUUUCCUGUGACGAACUUUCUUUACACACCAUCCUAUUCCCUGCAACAAUUCCAGUACUCUCCGCCGGCAAUGUCCUUGUACAGUCAUAUGCCACCAAUGACUCCGCAUACAAUGACAGAACCAGUUUACAUACCACCAGGUAGCAUACUGCAACGAGAGCCACAAGUAAUACUGCAGCAAUAUCAGGUAUAUCAGCAUGCUCAAUUACAAGCAAGACAGUACGUUGAUGGUCUGCCUACAUGUUUUACCGUACCACAGCUCCCAGUUCCUUUAUCUAAAUUAUGUUUGCCGCCAAUGCAAAGUGGUAAUUCGACACUGGUUCAAAGAGCUGUUGAUCCAAGGCAAGAAUGCCCAAGAUAA